GAUUUGCUAAUCGGCAAUAAUUUCUAUUCGACGAGCUGUUUUUUAGCCAAAAAGCAUUAAAACCACGUAGAUUUAAGAUUUUACUAAUGCAUCUAGUUAAAAUACGGUCAUUUUAACUAUUUUUAUUGCUUUAUUUUAAGUAAAACUGUGUGCAUUUGUAGGUUAACAUAUAACUAAACAUGAGCAGUGGAAAUUGGGGUAAUAGGAAGCCAUGGGGCGGUCGAGGCCGUGGAGGCUUCGGCGGCAGAGACCGGGGCUCUAGAGGAGGGGUUAAUAAGAACUACAGGGGGCAUAAUUUUGGAAAUAACAGGGGGUUUCGCGGAGGCCGUCAAAAUGAUUAUGGCGGACGCGGGCCGCCCCAACCUUUCCAGAAUUAUAGUAAAACUCCGCGAGAUACGCCUGGGAAGAGACUUUCGGAAGAGGAGAUUGGUGUUACAGAGUAUAUCAACGACCAUGAGGGGUUUUUAGGUGUGAUCAAGUCCAGAUACUCCGACUUCCAAGUCUCCGAGAUCAAUCUCAAAGGCGAGAUAGCCAAGCUCACCAACACCAAACCUCCGCAACCACCUGUAGACAAGGACGUUGAGCAGGACGAGGAUCUGCUGCUGAACAAGUAUAAUGUGGAGAUCCUGCCGAUGGACGAGUGGGACCGGAUUAACAAGCUGGCUGUGUCGGAAGCUAGUAGCGAGAAGGUUGAAAUAGACGUGACAGGCAUGACCAAAGAGCAGCGGACCAAAAUCCAUGACGCGGUGAAAAAGGCAUUCGGAGACAGUAUUGUCGGCAGCACCGUCGGUGAUGGGGACAAGAAGCUUGUGCGGUUCGAGAGAUACAGAAAAGGAGUGCGCAUUGACAACCGUGUGAAGUGGGUGUGGGGCGGUGAACACGUGCACUUCAUUCUACACAAAGAAAACUGCGACACUAUGGACGCGGCGCAGCGCCUCGCAGAACGACUGAGGAUGAAUCUCCGUCCAUCGUGCCUGGGUUACGCCGGCACCAAAGAUCGCCGCGCCAAGACUUCGCAGUGGUUCUCUGCGCGCAAGAUCGACCCGCGCCGUCUAGCGGGCGCCGCGAGGGAUCUGAGGGACAUACAUAUAGGCAAUUUUACGUUCAGCGAUACGCAUUUGAAGCUGGGGAUGCUUAAAGGGAAUCGAUUCCGUAUAGCCCUUCGCAACGUGACCGCCGCCGACGACUCAGUGGAGAAAGCCUGCCAGCUGCUGUCGGAGCGCGGGUUCAUCAACUACUACGGGCUGCAGCGGUUCGGGACGAGGGCCGACACGCCCACUUAUGAGAUCGGGAAGAGUAUGCUCAAAGGGGAGUUUCAGGAGGCGAUAAACGGCAUCCUCCGGCCCCGUCCCGGGCCGCUCCAGUACGCGCUCGAGCAGUACCGCGAGCACGGCGCCGGCGCGGCGCUGGCGGCCGGGAUCAGAUCUCAUAACAGUAUAGAACUCAGGCUGCUGAAGGCACUGGCUAGCCAGCCUAAAGACUUAUUGGGAGCGCUGAACAAGUUGGCCCGUAACACCCGCCUACUAUACUUACAUUCCUACCAAUCCAUGGUAUGGAACCGCGCCGUGUCGGAGCGCAUCAAACGCUUCGGGCUGAAACCGGCCGCCGGCGAUCUCGUGCCCCUCACAGAAGUCGACGAUGACAUAGACGAAGACAGCGAUGAAGAAACCCCCGACGAUCAAGAGGGCGUCGAAACACAAGAUGGCGGCGAUAUCCAAGAUGGCGGCGACAUCCAAGAUGGCGGCGACAUCCAAGAUGGCGACCAAACAUCAACUACGGAGUCUAAAGAAAACAAAACAGGAAUGCAAAAAGAACCAGUGAAAUUCCCAGUAAAAAUAUUAACGCAAGAAGACGUGGAUAGUGGGCAGUUCAGUAUAUUGGACAUUAUAAUGCCCUUGCCGGGGUAUUUUAUAGAUUACCCGCCAAAUAUGGUUGAUUUCUAUGAAGAGUUGUUGAAGAAGGAUGGAUUGACUUUGGAGUUGAAAAAUAAAAUCAAGAGUCUCAGCAUGUCAGGCGCAUAUCGUCGGUUAGUUACCCGUCCUAUCGACAUGUCCUGGUCGUUCGUGCGGUACAACUCGCCCACUGAAGAUCUGAUCCUGUCUGAUAUGGAUGAGAUACGGGGCGUCACACUUAAGGAGACACCAGACGGCCAAUACAAAGCCUUGCUUCUCAGCAUGUCUCUACCGGCAAGUUGUUAUGCGACCAUGGCGCUCAGGGAACUGCUCAAAGUCGACACUUCGGGAGACAACCAGGCGCUGCAGAACAAUUACCACAAGAAAACUGACGCCACAGAUGCCAAAGGUAACGAUAUAUCAGAAAAAACCGAAGAAUCGGACAACGGCAACGAAGGCGAGAAGGAAAAUGGGGCGAAGAGAAAGUUGGACUCUGAAGAUAGUGACGCCAAACGGGCGAAGCAAGGCGAAGAAUAAAUAUUUAAAUUAA